ACCCGGGGGUGGAGAUGCCGUCACCACCAGCCCAGGGUUGGCCGAGCUGCCGCGAGAGGGGCGUAUAGACCCCGCCUCGUAGGUGGGUGGGGAGUGGCAGGCCCCGCCUCAGCCCCUGUGGCUGGCUUCGGCCAGCGUCGCUGCGGUAGUGGCAGGGGAGCUAGCGCGCGGAGCCCGGAAAGAUGGGGCGCCCGCGGCGGCCCGGGGGUCCCGGGGGAUCCGGGGGUCUCCGGGUGCUCCUCUGCCUCCUGCUGCUGAGCAGCCGCCCGGGAGGCUGCAGCGCCAUUAGUGCCCACGGCUGUCUGUUUGACCGCAGACUCUGCUCUCACCUUGAAGUCUGUAUUCAGGAUGGCUUGUUUGGACAGUGCCAGGUGGGAGUGGGGCAGGCCCGGCCCCUUUUGCAAGUCACCUCCCCAGUUCUUCAGCGCUUACAAAGUGUGCUCCGACAGCUCAUGUCCCAAGGAUUGUCCUGGCACGAUGAUCUGACCCAGUAUGUGAUCUCCCAGGAGAUGGAACGCAUACCCAGGCUUCAUCCCCCAGAGCCCCGCCCAAGGGACAGAUCUGGCUUGGUGCCCAGGAGACCUGGUCCUGCCGGGGAGCUGCUCUUGCAGGGCAUCCCUACUGGCUCUACCCCUGCAGCCCAGCACCGACUUCCUCAACCUCCAGGGGGUGGGGGUGGAGCUGGGGUGGGCUCUCCACUCUCCCCUCUACAGGCUGAGCUGCUGCCCCCUCUUUUGGAGCACCUGCUACUGCCCCCACAGGCCCCGCACCCUGCUCUGAGUUAUGAACCCGCCCUGCUGCAGCCCUACCUGUUCCAUCAGUUUGGCUCCCGCGAUGGCUCCCGGGGCUCAGAGGGCUCACCAGGGAUGGUCAGUGUCGGCCCCCUGCCCAAGGCCGAACCGUCUACCCUCUUCAGCAGAACUGCCUCCAAGGACCUCUUUGGGGCGCACUCUGACCACUCCUAUGGGGACCCUCCAGGGCCUUCGCCUGGUCAACUCUUCCAGGACUCAGGGCUUCUCUACCUGGCCCAGGAGCUGCCAGUGCCCAGUAGGGCCAGGGCACCAAGGCUGCCAGAGCAAGGGGGCAGCAGCCGGGCAAAGGACUCCUCAGAGGGCUACGAGGAGGAAGGGCUAGAAGGUCGCAGGGAGAAGCCUUCUUCUCCAGCAGAGCAGCCAGACGUGACUCUCCAGAGACUGGCAGCUGUGCUGGUGGGCUAUGGGGCGGAGCUGCGUCAGCUGACCCCUGAGCAGCUCUCCACCCUCUCAACCCUGUUGCAGCUGCUGCCCAAGGGCGCAGGACAAAACCUGGGAAGGAUUGUGAAUGUUGGAGCCGAUAUCAAGAAAACAACAGAGGAGCAGGUGCAGGGUGAAAACACAGUGGAGCCUCCACCCCCUACGCCCUCCCUGCCUGAAUACCCCACUGCCAGCCCCACUUCCAAUAAAGCCCAGCAGGUGCUGAGCUCUGGAUCCUCCGAGUCCCCCAAAGCUGCUACCCAACUUGCCACACCUGUCCUGCUGGAGAAGAAAAGUCCUUUGGGCCAGAGCCAGCCCCCAGCAGUGAGGCAGCCGUCAGCUCAGCCAUCAGCAGAGGAGUAUGGCUACAUUGUCACUGACCAGAAGCCCCUGAGUCUGGCUGCAGGAGUGAAGCUGCUGGAGAUCCUUGCUGAACAUGUGCACGUGUCCUCGGGCAGCUUCAUCAAUAUCAGUGUGGUGGGACCGGCCCUCACCUUCCGCAUCCGACACAAUGAACAGAACCUGUCUUUGGCCGAUGUGACCCAUCAAGCUGGGCUGGUGAAGUCGGAACUGGAAGCACAGACAGGGCUCCAGAUCUUGCAGACAGGAGUGGGACAGAGGGAGGAGGCAGCUGCUGUCCUUCCCCGACCAGCCCGCAGCACAUCUCCCAUGCGCUCGGUGCUGCUCACUGUGGUGGCCCUGGCGGGCGUGGCCGGGUUGCUGGUGGCUCUGGCAGUGGCCUUGUGUGUGCGACAGCAUGCACGGCAGCGGGACAAGGAGCGCCUGGCAGCCCUGGGGCCCGAGGGGGCCCAUGGUGACACCACCUUCGAGUACCAGGACUUGUGCCGCCAGCACAUGGCCACAAAGUCCCUGUUCAGCCGGGCAGAGGGUCCCCCGGAGCCUUCUCGGGUGAGCAGCGUGUCCUCCCAGUUUAGUGACGCGGCCCAGGCCAGCCCCAGCUCCCACAGCAGCACACCGUCCUGGUGCGAGGAGCCCGCCCAGGCCAACAUGGACAUCUCCACGGGACACAUGAUUCUGGCAUACAUGGAGGACCACCUGCGGAACCGGGACCGCCUGGCCAAGGAGUGGCAGGCCCUGUGCGCCUACCAGGCGGAGCCCAACACCUGUGCCGCGGCCCAGGGGGAGGGCAACGUCAAAAAGAACCGCCACCCUGACUUUCUGCCCUAUGAUCACGCGCGCAUCAAGCUGAAGGUGGAGAGCAGCCCUUCUCGGAGUGAUUACAUCAAUGCCAGCCCCAUUAUUGAGCACGACCCUCGGAUGCCAGCCUACAUAGCCACCCAGGGCCCGCUGUCCCAUACCAUCGCAGACUUCUGGCAGAUGGUGUGGGAGAGUGGCUGCACCGUCAUUGUCAUGCUGACCCCGCUGGUGGAGGAUGGUGUCAAGCAGUGUGACCGCUACUGGCCAGAUGAGGGGUCCUCCCUCUACCACGUAUAUGAGGUGAACCUGGUGUCCGAGCACAUCUGGUGCGAGGACUUCCUGGUGCGCAGCUUCUACCUGAAGAACGUGCAGACCCAGGAGACGCGCACGCUCACGCAGUUCCACUUCCUCAGCUGGCCGGCAGAGGGCACUCCGGCGUCCACCCGGCCGCUGCUGGACUUCCGCAGGAAAGUGAACAAGUGCUACCGGGGCCGCUCCUGCCCCAUCAUUGUGCACUGCAGCGAUGGUGCAGGAAGGACUGGCACUUACAUCCUUAUUGACAUGGUACUGAACCGCAUGGCAAAAGGAGUAAAGGAGAUCGACAUCGCUGCCACCCUGGAGCACGUCCGUGACCAACGGCCUGGCCUUGUCCGCUCGAAGGACCAGUUUGAAUUUGCGCUGACAGCUGUGGCGGAGGAGGUGAACGCCAUCCUCAAGGCCCUGCCCCAGUGAGACCCCUGGGGCCCCUCAGUGGGCAGACCAGCCUCUGCUCCCUCUUUGCCUGUGUGAGCAUCUCUCUGUGUACCCCCUCCUUUUCCCCAACCCCACCGCCUGGGUUCCUCUUGGGCAUGGCCAGUUGUAAAGCAGAGGAUGUGGGAAGGGGCAAACCUACCCAGCCUCUCACCUGUCAGAGUCCCCAGGAAGUCCCAUGGGAGGCAGGGGCUUGGGGGUGGGGGGUUGCUGGCAGCCAGCCAGGAGCAGAGGAAAGUCCUCCACCCAGAGCCUUCUCCUGCCCGAGUUCCCCAGCCCCCCAGCUCCUGUUCUUCUGAGAGCUCCCAGGAUGUCCGUACAGACUGCCCCGUGGAGGGCCCGCCCUCCUUGCUUGCCCAUCCCCCGCUGCCUGCCGCCCUGCCUCUGUGGCCCACACUCUGGCCCCUGCCUUCCCUGCCUCCCUAGGGCCUCCUCCCCUGCCCUCCUGCCACGUGCCACUCCACUCUUGCCCUCUGGCACAAGAGAACAUUUCUAGAAAAAUCUACUUUUGUAUCAAUGUGAAUAAAGUUAGUGUGUCGUGUGUGCAGCUGCAA